GAAUCAGUCUUCUUGGAAGCAUUUCAGUAGCGAACCUUCUCUGGAUCUGGUGGCAGAUUUUUCUUUCGAUAGGAGAGGCAGGAAACUAUCCUAUGAUCUACCCUCCCUUCAUGUCUUUUAAAAUAUGGGUCAGUUGUUGGCGAAAUUCAAGAUUUGGCGUGAAAAAAAUCAGUCGUGGCACGAGACGACAGUACAAGGUAUAUAUUUAGUUUUAUCGAUCCGUUUACUGUGCGAACCAGAACAAUUCUUUCAAAUAUGUUUAUUCCCCUGGCAAGUUGUAAUCUUAAGCGAUACUUAUGUGUGGCGAAAAUUCAAUUUUACAACAUAAAUUGCCGAGUGGGGACUUUACGUGGAAAGAGGUGUUUCAGUACUUUUAUUAUUAGUUCAUCGUCUUUUCGAGUAUUCUCUCCGUGCUUGAAUUUUGAUAUUGCACUAGAAAAAACAUAGCACGUAUCCUAUUCUGUAUUUAUAAAUUAAGAACUAACGAGCCUAACUGAUGAUCCAUGAUGCGAAUUUUUACUUACAGCUUCACCAAAAUGCACAACACAUUUAGAGCAAAGGUUCAGUGAUGUGCAAACAGAGAGGCUUGAAGCCGGGCAACAGUCUAUGGACGAAUUAUUCAAGAAAUUGGAGCUAUUUGAGGUUGCCUUAGAAAAACAACAAAAAAUGCUUCAGGAGCACAAUAUCAAGAUCAAAGAGAUGAAAGAUGCGGUUGCCAAAGUAGACAGAGGCAUUCAAGUAGAUAUAGGUAAAAACCACUGAGCGUCUUUUUAUAGUGAAAUAACUCGGCGUUUUACCUAUUCUUCUCUGUGUCGAGAGGCUUAUACGUCUUCAAAUAUACAGUAAUUGUAAAAGUGAGCAGAAUUUUAAGGGACCUUUAACCUUACGUGGUGCCCUAGGAGGAACUACCCGCGUUUGUUGUGCUGCUGCACGUAGCCGCACGUGAUGCGUUGCACGUGUUGUUUACUUGUAUUGUAACAAUUUUACGCCAAAUUUGAGCCUUCGGCAGCUGCUUCGGUAUAUCGCCAGGAGCCCAUGGGCUGCUGAUGUCGCUUAUUAUUUAUACGAGUUUAAGUAACUUCUCUUAGGCGUCUACAAUUUGAAGGUAAAAUCCUUCGGAUUGCAAUCUUUUUUCCGUUGUAGGGGAUCUGUUAAGGGACCUGCACCUCUUUCUUUAGGGACAGAUUUCCUAGUCCCAAAGAUACCUGUGUAAACUUCAUAUUAUCCCUACCUCCCAAAUAAGGACAACUCUUUAUUGCGAACACUUGGUUUCUUCCUUGUGCAUCUGUAAGAUGUAAUAUAAAGAGACACAACGAGACUGCGUGACCGAAGGGAGCGCGAGGAAUGAUGGGAAGGAAGAAAACGAAAGAGUCUUUCCUCUUUCCUUUUUUCCAUCGUUCUUCGCUCUCUUGACCGCGCAUCUCUCGUUUAGACUGAGAAAUGACUGGCGACGAGUCAGACGUCACAGUGUCAGUUUCGUCGAGCAGCUUGGCUGAGUCCCAAGAGAGGGUACACUGAGGGUAGUCUCCUUUGCAGUCGUUAUAGGGGUCGUCACGCAACUCUCCGUGGGGACGAGCGUUGCGUGACGACCCUAAUAACGGCUGCGAAGGAGACUACAGAGAAAGGCACUCCCUUAUUUUAACCGAUACAGUUAAAUAGGAUGACAUGUAAAACAGGGCGUCUUUUUAGGCGGGAAGCUUUUUCACGAAAGUUGCCGUCAAGGGUAGUUAGUUGUGGUACCAAAGUUAAAUAUAAAUCGUUUACUCAGUGUUAAUUUAUUACUUUUUUAUAUUUCCAAAGGACAAUGGGUGGAGGCUUUGCAGCUAAAACUCAACGGAUGUGAAUUGCGGUUAAAUGAGCAAGGUGAAAAUCAACGAAAAAUGAAGAAAGAAAUAGAAGAGCAGGCCCAAAUCCAACAAAACUUACAUGAAAAUUUGAUGGCUGGUGUCAUUGUUAAUUUUAUGAUAAUGGUGGUGAUAUGUAUGCUGCCAAGAGCACUGCUUGCUUCUGUAUAA